UUGACUUCCAGAGAGCGGAAAGGACCAAGUGCUCCGUCCUGGCCAGCGAUGAGGCAGUGACUGCUGCUGAGCAGCUCAGUUCCUGAAGGAGGACACUCUGGCCUUUGCAGACCUCCUUCUCCUCCUGAUGAAAAGUCUCAGGCCAGGCAUGGGACCAUUUGAGGGAGCCAACAGCACUUUCACCUUGGAGAAGAUGGCAUUAGAUGAGAAGCUGCCAGAGGGCUGGCAUGCCAAGGACUUUGUCACUCCUACCCAGGAUCUCUCCGGGUCCCGCAGUGUUAUGAUGGACAGCACCAAGAUCCUGGGGGUCCAGGUUGUCCUGAUUGCUGCCUACUCCCUCAUCAUUCUGCUGGGGUUCAUCGGCAACUCCCUGGUCAUCUACAUCAUAGUCAAGUACAAGACCAUGAGGACUGUCACCAACUUCUUCAUAGCUAACCUGGCCCUGGCAGACCUGAUGGUGGACACACUCUGUCUGCCCUUCACCCUGGUGUACACCCUGCUGGACGAGUGGAAGUUUGGAGCUGUUCUUUGUCACCUGGUCCCUUAUGCUCAAGCUCUGAGUGUCCACGUGUCCACCCUCACCCUAACUGUGAUUGCCCUGGAUAGGUACCGGUGUAUCGUUUUCCACCUGGACAGCAGGAUUUCCAAGAGGCUCAGCUUCACCAUCAUAGCUGUCAUGUGGCUGGCAGCAGCUGUCCUGGCAGGCCCCCUGGCCAUCUUCAGAGAGUACCGCUACGAGGAAAUCCCAUCCAUCAACCUGAAGAUGGCCGUCUGCUCAGAAAAAUGGCCCUCUGGUAACAACAGAGAUGCCACCAUCUACAGUCUGUCCAUGCUCCUCCUGCAGUACGUUCUUCCUCUUGCAGUUAUUUGUUAUGCCUACACCAGGAUCUGGUUCAAGCUGAAAAACCACGUCAGUCCCACUUCUAGGAACGAAAACCAGUGCCGGAGGAGGAAGACCACCAAAAUGCUAGUGAUGGUAGUUGUGGUAUUCGCAGUCUGUUGGCUCCCCUUCCACAUAUUCCAGCUUGCCAUUGACCUUGAUCUGGUUCUUAUCUUCCACGAGUACAAACUCCUGUACACUGUCUUCCAUGUUGGGGCCAUGUGCUCUACAUUUGUCAACCCCCUGCUCUACGGAUGGAUGAACAAGAACUACCGGAAUGGCUUCCUUAUGUUCUUCCGUUGCCAGGACAAGCCAGAAAGCUUCCACACUGAAGGCUCAGUUAGAGGGAGGUCGUACAUCUUCAGAGCCAAUACCCUAAAUGGGAGCAUCAAACAGACUCCUGGCAAUGGAUCACUGCCCACAGAGGUUUAG